AUGUCUGCUCCAGUUCCACAAUACUCUCUAUCUGAUUAUGCCAAGUUUGCUCUGGCAGGUGCCAUCGGUUGCGGUAGCACUCACUCUGCUAUGGUGCCAAUCGAUGUGGUGAAGACUAGAAUUCAACUGGAACCAACUGUUUACAACCAGGGUAUGGUUUCUUCCUUCAAGAAGAUCAUUGGUGAGGAAGGUGCCGGUGCUUUGCUGACUGGUUUCGGCCCAACUUUGCUAGGUUACUCGUUGCAAGGUGCGUUCAAAUUCGGUGGUUACGAAGUGUUUAAGAAGCUAUUCAUUGACACUCUAGGUUACGACACUGCUGUUAACUACAAGAACUCGAUCUACAUGGGUUCCGCUGCGAUUGCCGAAUUCUUUGCUGACAUCGCUUUGUGUCCAUUGGAAGCCACAAGAAUCAGAUUGGUUUCUCAGCCAAACUUUGCUAACGGUCUUGUUGGUGGGUUCUCCAGAAUCUUGAAGGAAGAAGGUGUCGGCUCCUUCUACAACGGUUUCACCCCAAUCUUGUUCAAGCAAAUUCCUUACAACAUCUCCAAGUUCUUGGUCUUCGAGCGCGCCGCUGAGGCCUACUUCGGUUUGGCUGGACCAAAGGAAAAGUUGUCUGCAACCUCUGUCACCGGUAUCAACUUGCUUGCCGGUUUGACCGCUGGUUUGGCUGCUGCCGUCGUUUCUCAACCUGCUGACACCUUGUUGUCUAAGGUGAACAAGACCAAGAAGGCUCCAGGUCAAUCCACUAUCGGUUUGUUGGCUCAGUUGGCUAAGCAAUUGGGUUUCGUCGGUUCCUUCGCCGGUCUGCCAACCCGUUUGGUCAUGGUCGGUACGUUGACCUCCUUGCAAUUCGGUAUCUACGGUUCAUUGAAGAGAUCCUUGGGCUGUGCCCCAACCGUUGAGAUUGGCAGCUCAGGUCAUUAA